AUGCUCGAUUGGCUUUCGGACCUAUCUCGCCGUCGAUCAACACGGGUCUGUUCCGCCGGCGUUUUGGCGACUGUGGGAGCCGACCGCUGCCGUCAACCACCGUCGACCACCACCGGAAAACCGCCGCCGCCGUCGAUCGUGACCGAGAUCCACCCCGAGUCUAGCCGCGCGCAACCACGAGCCCUGCCUGCAAUCGCGCAAAGCCGUAUCUCGCGAACAGAUCCCAGCUGCGAGCACCGUGACGCUGUUCCGAUCGCCUUGCUCGUGCCCAGUGACGAUCCGCCUCCCAGCGCACACGUCUCACGCGCCCGACAGUCCUCGCUCGGCCAGGAUUCCUCACGCGCCCAGGAGAUUUGCCCAGCACACACGUGUGACGCAACACGCUAUCCGCCCAAUCCGCAUCGACCUAGGACUCCAGUCCACAGCGCACGCUCGUGCUCCUUCGCGACCUGCUGCUUCGCGCGUCACGUCCCGACGCGACCAGCCAGCAUCCGCGACAUUCGCUACAUGAAUCUUACAAGGAAAAUAAAAGAGAAUGCACUGGACUACCUGUUUUUCAUUGUUGAAGCAUGA